AUCUAUAUUCUAACACACAGUGACUGAAAACAUUGCCUUCACUACACAAAAUAUCUUGUUGCCACUGCACUGAACUUUGACAUUUGGAAUUUUGAUUCACAUAUAUAUACUCCAUUCACUUCUUCCAUAUUCAGUGUUCAAAAGCUUUUGGAUUCACUUCUGCAUAGAGUUACCAACCCAUUUGCCAAAAGACCCAUCUUUGAGGUCAAUAAUGGGAAGUAGCAAACCCAGAUCCUCCAUUCUCUUGCUCCUUCUCACACUGUCAAGUGUGUUCCUUUGUGUUUUUGUAACGGCACAACAGGAGCAACCUAUAAAAAACGUUGUUGUUUUGGUUAUGGAGAACCGUUCCUUUGAUCACAUGUUGGGGUGGAUGAAAAAAGCCAUCAACCCAUUAAUCAAUGGGGUCACAGGAGAUGAAUGCAACCCGGUUUCUACUAAAAAUCCAAGGCAAGAUUCAAUUUGCUUCACUGAUGAUGCAGAGUUCGUGGAUCCGGAUCCAGGGCAUUCAUUUGAGGAUGUGUUGCAACAGGUAUUCGGUUCUGGUAGUGGUUCCAUUCCUUCCAUGAAUGGAUUUGUGGAACAAGCAUUGUCUCUGUCUCAGAACCUCUCCGAGACAGUAAUGAAAGGGUUUAAACCUGAGUCUGUGCCAGUUUAUGCCGCUUUGGUUAAUGAAUUUGCGGUUUUUGAUAGGUGGUUUUCUUCAAUUCCGGGUCCAACACAACCCAAUAGGCUUUUUGUGUACUCUGCAACUUCUCAUGGUUCAACAAGUCAUGUCAAGAGGCAAUUAGCAAAAGGGUAUCCUCAAAAAACCAUCUUUGACUCUCUGCAUGAGAAUCACUUAGACUUUGGGAUUUAUUUUCAAAACAUACCCACAACUCUGUUCUAUAGGAAUCUGAGGAAAUUGAAAUACAUAUUCAAAUUCCAUCAGUUUGAUUUGAAGUUCAAGAGAGAUGCUAGAGAUGGGAAGCUUCCACCCUUGACUGUGAUUGAGCCUAGGUACUUUGACUUGAAGGGCGUGCCCGCCAAUGAUGACCACCCAUCUCAUGAUGUUGCAAAUGGACAAAUGCUGGUUAAGGAGGUUUAUGAGGCUCUAAGAGCAAGCCCUCAGUGGAAUCAAACUCUUCUGAUCAUUACAUAUGAUGAACAUGGUGGAUUUUUCGAUCAUGUGAAGACUCCUUUUGUUAACAUUCCUAAUCCAGAUGGGAACACAGGACCUGCUCCCUAUUUCUUCAAGUUCGAUAGGUUAGGCGUUCGAGUUCCCACUAUUAUGGUCUCUCCUUGGAUCAAGAAAGGGACUGUGAUAAGUGGCGGCAUUGGACCUGCCGCAAACUCUGAGUUUGAGCACUCUUCUAUUCCUGCCACCAUAAAAAAGAUGUUCAACCUUUCCUCAAACUUUUUGACUCACAGAGAUGCAUGGGCUGCAACAUUUGAGCAUGUUGUUGGGGAGUUAAGUUCACCUAGAACGGAUUGUCCAGUGACUUUGCCGGAUGUGACACCUCUGAGGAGCACAGAAGCAAAAGAAAAUGCAGGCCUAUCCGAGUUUCAGAGUGAGGUAGUUCAAUUGGCAGCUGUUCUUAAUGGUGAUCAUUUCUUGAGCAGUUUCCCAGAUGAAAUGAGCAAGAAGAUGAGUGUGAAGGAAGCUCACGAGUACGUGCGUGGAGCUGUUUCAAGGUUCAUAAGAGCUAGCAAAGAGGCCAUUAAGUUAGGGGCUGAUGAGUCUGCUAUUGUGGAUAUGAGAUCCUCUCUUACUACUAGAUCUUCAGUUCAUAAUUAACAGAAAACAAAACUCAAAAAUGAAAAAGAAAGUUGUGGCUAUCACUGUAUCUAAUUAUUAUAGUUUUUUGGUUAUUUGAUAGUUGGUAUGUUAGAUUUUGAUAGGGUUGUGAAUGUAAAAUGCAAAAGAAGGGGAAGGUGUUUCCUAGAAUGCUUAUGAGUAGGUCUCGUGAAAGGACGAGAAGUCUCUUAAAGUCUGUGUUUGAAAGAAUUUAAAGAAACAAAAUGAAGAGGGUGAUGGGUUGAUUAGUAAGUAAUUUUUAAAUAUAAAUUCCAAUGCUUUUGUACAAAGUACAAACCCAUAUGAUUAUGGAAGAAUAGACAAAUGAU